CGCUGAGCUGCUAAAACAAGAGAAGCAGGUCAGAUUAUUUAAUCCCAAUAAUUUGGUACAAAUGUCAUGUUUACUGUCAGAGUUUGAGGAGGUCCGGGCUCUGAAGUUGCUCCCUUCGCCUUGACUUCUGAUUCCGACCCGGAGGAAUCAGCUGUGAGCAUGCGCACUGCUUCGGGAGGACAUCACGGAGAAAACGUAGAAGCAGCAGAAUUUUACACACCGAGAUUUGGUUUCCCCGCUGCGCCCAAACUGCGCGUCCGACGCGGAGCACGACGAUGCCCGGUGCGGCGUUGAGGUGCGGGGCGACCACCUGACAAGGCCCCGCCGAGGUUCGAGUCGUCGUCCGGAGGGGAAAUUUAUUUCUUCGUAUGGGAGCAGCAUGCGGGAAAUGGUCGGAGGUUGCUGCGUGUGUUCAGACGAGCGAGGCUGGGCUGAGAACCCGCUGGUUUACUGUGAUGGACAUGGCUGCACCGUCGCCGUUCACCAGGCGUGCUACGGUAUUGUCCAAGUUCCCACCGGGCCGUGGUUCUGCAGGAAGUGUGAAUCCCAGGAACGUGCGGCGCGCGUGAGGUGUGAACUGUGUCCACACAAAGAUGGAGCCCUUAAGAGGACGGACAGUGGUGGCUGGGCCCACGUCGUGUGUGCGCUCUACAUCCCAGAGGUGCAGUUCGCUAACGUCCUCACCAUGGAGCCCAUCAUCCUGCAGUACGUCCCCCAUGAGAGAUACAUUAAGACUUGUUAUAUCUGCGAGGACCACGGGAGAGAGAGCAAGGCGGCCUGUGGAGCCUGCAUGACCUGCAACAGACAGGGCUGCAGACAAGCUUUCCACGUGACCUGCGCUCAGAUGGCUGGCCUGCUGUGUGAGGAGGAAGGUCCAGAGGCUGACAACGUGAAGUACUGCGGCUACUGCAAACACCAUUAUAACAAAAUGCAGAAGAAGUUGCGCUCAAGUGAAAAUGCCGGCAGCUCCUUCAGUCAUUCCAGAGGGCGCUCCAGCUCUCCAUCCCAGGACAAACAACACCACCAUCACAAACCGAGGAGGAGUCACAAGGACAAGAAUCGUCAAAAAGAGCGAUACAAGAAGUCCACAGAAAGCCUGAGCUCCUCCGUGACAUCAGCAAGCGGCGUAGAAAAGAUCACCUCCAGUCACCAUAGCAACAAGGACAGUGAUGGAAAAUCCAAGAAGCUGAGCUCCCACAGUCACAGUCAUCACAGCAAGAAGACAGGAAGCACAGGCAAGAGCUGCUCCUCCUCCUCCUGCUCCUCCAGUCCCUUCAACACGGGGGGCGCCCUGUCGGCUGCUCAGGACUUUGAUCAGUUCUCAUCUUCCUCCCGCAUGGAGCACGACCGCGGAGGAGAUGACCACAGCAGGGAGAAGCGCAGUGAGCGUCACAGGAGGUCUGCAGUGCACAAGGAGGAGGAGGAUGUGGAGGAGGAGGAAAAAGAAGAUGACAAGGAUGAGGAGGAGGAAGAGGAGGACAGUAAAUAUCAUAAGCCACCGGCGUUGACUCCUGCCGAUUGCCCCCUAACAGGCUCACAAAGUCACGAGCGGGCGGAGGGCACCUCCAGCCCCUUUGAGAAUAAAGUCACCAUCUCCACCUUUGGCUCCAUCAUGCGCAUCACCUCCUCAUCGUCACUCGGCAGCAGCAGCAAGGUCCGCAAGAUCUCCUCUUCGGCAGACUACAAACCCUCAAAAACUCUCGGCAAGCUGUCUCAAAUGAGUGCGCCUCCUAUCUUGGAGGAGGCCCCCCUGAAGGAGAAGGCCGCACCCCCACCGCCACUGCCGCUGCCCCGUGAGUGGAGGCACCACGGCAACAAGAAGAGCCGCCAUGGUCCGGGUCGUCCGCGGGGGAGCAAAAACCGAAAGAGUAGGGAGGAGGAUCAUCAUCGCCACCAUCACCCCCCCACAGCACCUCCUCCUCCAGCUCUGAGCUCCUCUCUCUAUCCGAGCCCAUCCUUCCCGUCGACACUUCCGCCCACCUCUUCCUCCUCGUCUUUCUCCUCCUCCUCUGUGGGGAGUUUUUCUGCAGGUCGCGGUAACGCUCUGCUCGGCUCUGAUGUCUAUCCAAGCCUCAAGGACCCUCUCACACUGGGCGGGGGUGUCUGCAGCAGCCCCCUGUCCUUGGGUGGGGGUGUGUGUAGCACCUCCUCGUCUCUGGGAGGGGGGAUGUCUAGCACCUCCCUGUCCUCGGGACUCCUUCCAUCCUCCCUUUCUCUUCCGUCCGUCGGCGCCGCCUCGAACACGCAGGUCCAUCCAGGUUCCAGCGCCUCCUACAGCCUGAACUCCUCUCAGCCUUUUGCCAGCGGUCUCUCCUCCUCCUCCAACCUGCCGCCUCUCCUGAGCCAAGCCCAGACGUCACUGCCAGAGGCCGACCUCGACGACUGUCGCUUCCCGUGUCAGGGGAACUCGCCGAGAGAGAGCCUUUCCUCGCAGUCCCCCAUGAGCUGUCUUCCCCUGCUGUUUGACCAGAGAGACGGGUUGGGCUCUGGAGUCAGAAGCCGUCCGGAAAACGUCCCUCCUGCCAGCUCCCACAUCGAGCUUCUGCUGGAGAAACAUGGAAACGGGGAGAUGGGAGUCAACAUCGUGGAGAUGCUUCAGUCGCUCCACUCCCUACAGCAGGAGAACCAGCGGCUCCAGGACCAGAUCCUCGGCCUGACGGCUAAGAAGGAGCGCCUGCAGCUGCUCAACACGGAGCUGGCUUCGCCCUUCCAGCCCCACGUUCAGUCAGCGUCCCACCACACGUCCGCCCCGAUCAGCUUCCUGUCCUCCUCCCAAGAUGCCCUCGGCACCAAUAAGAGCCCGCUCCCCAAAAGCUGCUUCCUGAACGACGUCUCCUUCGUUACCUCGUCAGAGGAGCUUCACUCUGGAAGUCCGUCCCGCAGCAGCUCGUCGCUCUCCUUCCAGGGUACUCCUCCUCCCCAGCCGAGCCCCGCCUCCUUCGGCCAGCCCCUGCUGAACGGGCUGAAUCGGGGAGCGACCGACGGUUUGGGGAGCGCCGGCUUUGCUGUGGUGGGUGGGCUCAUGGCGUCCCUCGCAGGAAGUCCUCAGCUGAACAUGAACGGCGUGAUCCAGUCUCCCGCCCACAGCGCUCCGCAGCCGGGGCUCCCCACGCUGCGUCCCCAGCCGCCGCCGCUCAACCCUCAGAUGCUGAAUCAGAGCUUUCAGCUUCCCAAGAGCGCCAGCCCGUCCUCUCUUCUGUCGGAGCAGCAGCAGCUCCAGCAGUUCCUCAUCUCACAGAACUUCACGCCGGAGCAGCAGGUGUUGGUUUGUCAGAUGCUGCAGCAUCAGAGACAGAGGGAGCUACAGCGCCUCACGCUGACCGGAGCGCUCGCCUCCACCCCAAACUCACCCAUGAUCGCUCAGUCUCCCAGCCUGUUGUCCUCGGCCACGGCCUCCCCCCUGCAGGGAGGCCAAGGAGGCGGCCUCUUCGGUCUGCAAGACAGCGUGCUCCACAAACCCGGGGCUCUAGGAGAGAAAGGAGGAGACAAGAAUGGCUGAUGUUUCCUGGUGACUUCCUGUAGGCGCAGCUCAGAUGAAGAAAUCUGCAAAGUUCAUGAAGUACUGAGGUCAACUCUUCCUCGUCUGGCAUCUUCAUCUGACAAACGUAUAUGAAUGUAAAACAGGACGUGGCGGUGGAGCGUCUCUUUGUCUUUUUUUUUAAGAAUAGAGUUUUUAUUUUUAUUUUUUUACGUUUUUUUUUCCUGGGCAGCUUUCAGAGAACAUGAGUACGGUGGUCUCUCCUUAAAUUGCACUAAUUUAGCUCGACCAAUGGGGCUGCUUCUGAAGCUCACCACUGCAGGAGGUGGGUGGGCUUUUAUUUUGAAGUUUUUCCAGCACUGAGAUCUCCUUCCACCAUUCAAACCAGUGUUUCCAGUCAAUCCGAGAGGAAAACAGACUUCUGCCGCUUGGAGCAACCUCAGCUGUCUUCCUUCAGACUCGGUCUUCCCGUUUGAGUUCCUCCCGGUUCCGUCCAGAUCUUCGGUCUGUCGCAGGCACUUCCUGUUGUGUAAAGAUGAAUAUAGUCAUGUUGAUGUGUGGUUAGUGGCAUUUCCUCGUUAAGAUAGUUAUUACCUCAGACUCUCAGCCAGCUACCCUCCGUCGUGAUCUUGUGUUACCGCGAUAGCCUUCAGUGGAUAGAAAUACCCACCAAAAACUCUUGUAAGUGUAAAAAGUCGGCAUGUCGUCAGCGGGUUUAAAUCCACACCACCACCAGAGUUUCUACAGAUCUUUAUUUCCUUCCAGUUGCUGUGGAGAUUAAGCAGAUAAAACCAAACAUUUGGAGAGCGUUUGAGAGAAAACCAGUUCUUUUUCUGAACGUCUUGCACUUUGCAUGUUGACAGACGCGGUACUCCCUAAAGGACGUUGCGUAGGCAGGUUUAUGAUUUGUGAGGGUUUUUUUUUUUUUGCACCCUGUCCUGAAGUUUUCGUGUUACUUCCACAGAUAACUAGAUGUUUUUUUAGCAAUACUGGAUAGAUGAUGCCUUAAUGAUGGUAGAUUCACAGAAAGGCCCACGGGUUCACGCUGUCCUCCUCUCGUUGUUGUUUUUUUUACCUCGGGUCUUCGACGGAGUCGUUUUCUUUUUAAAUAAACUACUUUCUACUUUUGAUAACUGACUUUAAAGACUUCAAACGGCUGAAGCGUGUGAAUAAAACAUACAACUGUUGGAACUUUUUUGUGUUUAAAUGCAGAAACUCUUUAGGAUUUUUUAUGCUUCAGAAAACUGGAGAGUUGAGCUCAACUCUGUUUGUGGCAGGGGCGUGUCCAGGGAGUGGCCUGGGGUAGCACAUGCCACCCUUGGAAUCUGAUUGGCCACCCCAGGUACCACCACACUCAUUGUCCACAAAAGGCUUGGGGGUAAAACAAAAAAAGCAUAACCAUUGGUGCCACCCAUGCACAAAGUUGUGCCUCACCUGGGCCACCCCAUUUUAAAAGAUCUGGACACGCCCCUGGUUUGUGAUACGUAAUGUGAUGUUCUCAGCACUGACGGGACGGCGAAACUCCAGCAUAGAGUCCAGCCUUCCUGGUUUUUCCAGAACGAUUUCCCUCCAGCUCCUCGGCAGACCGUCUCCUUGGCCUUUUCCACACCUUUUCUCUCUUCCGUUUUGCAGUUUUGAACGUUAUCUCGUGUGAUGUUUAGUUUCUGUAGCAGCAGCAGCAGCUCACUAGUUACAUACUGUAGCAGCGACGGAAGGAAAACGUCGAUUUUAUAAAGGUAAUAGGUGUGUUAUAAACUAUAAAAAAGAAAGCGAGUCCAGCCACGAAGAGUGGAGCGAAGGAUUUCUGAAGCCGUUUCUUUUGUCACGUUGCACUGGGGCUCCUGGAGCCCACAUGUAAAUUCCUUUUUAGGCCUUUUUUUUCCAGUUUAGUUCAAGUUGUAAACUUUAAAAUGUGUAAAAACACACACUCAUCGUUUUAAGCUUUGAGGUUUUUUGGGUAACCGCGAUAAUCCAUGUUCUGAAUGUCGUACUGUGUACCUUUUAUGUUGCAGCAUUUAAGCACCUGGCUCUAAACGAGGCUUCACCUGUCGGGAUAUGAAAUGCAUGAAAUGCAGUGACGUCUCUCAAAUAAAUGGCUACGUACCAAGUAAUAACUAUGCAUCAUUUUAAAUGCAUCGUUCCCUGAAAAAGAAAAUGAAACUAGCACUGAGUUAUAAAGGAAAGCACGUUGUGGCUGUACAGUGUAUUUGUUUGACAGAAUUGAAAUUCGACAAUAUUCAGAUUAAAUCCCUGUAAAGAAUUUUGAUAUUUUUGUGUGUAAAAUUAAAAGACAACUUUUUUGUCAAUAAAUGUAUUUUGCUGAGUUGUC